UAGCUUGUAGGCUACUACCUAAGGUGGGAGGACUUCGGAGGAGGGUACAUUAUCGACUUACUCUACUUAAAUAAGAGAUUGCACAUAGAAGUGGAGGUUAUGGGGGACUGAACUGCAUCCAUUAACCCGACAUCACGGAGGGAAUUCCCUGACACGAAUGCACUAAAUGCAAUUGGAGUGAAUGGGAAAAUACACCGUCAAUGGGUAGAUUGCCGGUAUAUCGCGUUCUUGUACCUCAGUGAUACACAUAUGCCGGUUUUCUCUUCGCCAUCCAGAAUCUUGGUUUGGUGACUCACUCUUCGUUCGUUCAUUUUCUGGAUUUCGUUGCCUGCCCGGUGAGGAGUAACCUACAUAAUGAAGUUCAAGCCGAACCAGACCAGAACUUAUGAUGGCGAGGGCUUCAGGAAACGAGCGGCAUGCUUGUGCUUCAAGAACGAACGUGAAGAAGAGGUCUUGCUGGUGAGCAGCAGUCGGCACCCGGACCAGUGGAUUGUCCCAGGUGGAGGGAUGGAGCCUGAGGAGGAGCCCUGUGGCGCAGCGGUCAGAGAAGUGUUUGAGGAGGCAGGAGUGAAAGGCAAGUUGGGACGUCUCCUAGGUGUGUUUGAGCAGAAUCAAGACCGAAAGCACCGAACAUACGUUUACGUAUUGACCGUGACGGAGACAUUGGAAGCAUGGGAGGACUCGGUCAACAUAGGUCGUAAACGGGAGUGGUUCACAGUGGACGAAGCCAUCAAAGUCCUGCAGCACCACAAGCCGGACCACGCUGAGUAUUUGAAGCGGCUUCAUCUCAGCUGCUCUCCAACUAAUGGGAACUCCCUGCUCCCCAGCCAGCCCCCUAAUGACAACUUCCCCCGUUACGGCCCCCUCACGACAGGAUCUGUUCUGGGCCCCUCGCGCAGAUAGGACUGGCCCCUUCCCACGCCUAUGAACUAUCUUCUACCUGUACAGAUACACUGAAAACGGACAUUUUGCAUGAAUAUACAAAUCCUCAGAGUCACGGCUCACGCCACAUGUAUGUAAAUUACUGAAUACUUGGACAAACCAAAGCCAUACUUGGAACUGUGUCUGGAUGAUUCAGUUAAGGAAUGCCUUUCAGUAACGUCUUUAAGAAUGUUCUAUUGGGGUCAAUUGUAUUAUUAUUUUCAUCCAUAAUUAAGUAAAUCACACAACAUGGCUGCCACAGAAAAUGGGUCAUUGGCUGACAAUAGGAUGGAAAAUGGCAGUGUCACUGGACCUCGGGAGCUGAAGCAGUGUUGACAACAAAGAGAUGCUACCUCAGUUGGACGAGCACUGGAAGGAUGUUUCAGCACGGUGUCAGAUUCCCUUUGGCUGGCGUUUAACCUGUACAAACAAACUACAGCUCAAAAAUAUGACUGUUUACCUACUUCAAGUAGUACCAUACUGUGUGGGCAGAAGACAAGGGCUCACUAUUGUCCCUCCCCGUUCACCUCAGUAAUUGGUGCUCUUCUUCAAGUUUAGCUGUAAAAACAACAUAUUUAGAAUUUCUUAUAUGGAGAAUUUCACAUUUAAUUGCCUUGAAUUGUGUUGCCUUGAUUGUCAUCAGUUUCUCCAUCUAUCAUCAUCAUAAAUAACAAUAAUUUGAUAUACUAAUUUAAUUUUUAACCCCCGCCCCAUAUAUGAUCUGGUCAAACUUCAAAAGAGUAUCUUUACUAGUUGAUGGCAGGCCCUCUUUAAUAUAAUAAUAUCUAUAUUUCAUAAAAUUUCCAGAAAUGAUGUCUCCUCAAUGCUGAGAUAAUGUACCUUAAUCCACAGUUGAGCAUCUUGUCUGACUGCUGAAUGAGCAUUGAACCCCCCCACACAGGGGACCUGUAAAUACUCUGCUGCAGAGAAGUGUAGAGUUGUGUGUCUGGUUAACAGAAAUGCAACCAUAUUAACUUUCAUAUUUGCAAUUGUUUUUCUAUUGAUGUAAAAAAAAAAAAAAAGUGUUUCAUGGAGAAAAUGCUGUGCCAUGUAGUGAAGGUGUGACAGUAAACCUUUUCCUCCUUUCAGUUCCACCUGAGAACAGAGAUGAGAUGACAUGGAACAACGAAUAGGGAAGUAGUCUGAAAUAGAGAGGGAAUGGAUGGAAAUGAGUGCUUUCCGUGUUAGAUUCAUGGUGGAACGACACUGAUGGUUAGGCUGAACAUGGAAAUGUUCUUACCAUGGACUUGGAUGUGAGAUAUUGUAGUUGAGAAAUUGUAGUGUUUUACUGGAGAUCACACAAACAUAAGUGGUUUCACUUUUUAAUCUUAUCACUCAACCACUAUCUCACCCAGACUCCCAGCAUUCAUUUUAUCACAAGAAUACCCCUCUGAGGCAGACAUGGUCAAAUACAUACCAGUAUGUCAACUUUCAAAUACUUGAGGUAUUGCUGGGUGGGCGGAGUUUGUACUUUUGGGAUUAUUCCAUUGGUUCAAUUUUACUAGGUAAGCUAAAUCAAGAGCACUGUAUUUUACAAGUGUACUUGACCAGGGUCUGCCCUUGUGGAAAAUGCUUGUUUUAAUUUGAGCUCAUGCUUCAUCAAAGCAGUUUUUUGGGAGGCAGUAUUUAGGAGCAAGUAAAUAACCCAAGAAAGUGUUAAAAGAUGAAGGUGGGGUCUAUUGUGAGUUUGAUAUUGACCCUUCUUAAAAUCUGUUGCAUGAAAAGAUUUCACCGGCCUGUCUGAUUGGACAGUCAUCUGGCUGGUCCAGUCUUUCUAUAAAACCUGUCAUUGGAUAAUGUCUGCCACUUGGCCAGACUACAUGUGUUGUUUGUUGCAUACAUUGUGUCUGUGUGACAAAUAAAUAUCGAUCCUGUGCCAAAUUACAAAUGUUUGGUAUAAUUGGCCAGGCAGAAUGAUAAAGUCAAAAUCUACUUACUCUAGCCAUGUCUAAUACAUGAUAAUAAUAAUUGGUACAUUUGGUAAUGUUCUAAGGAUUUCAAAACAACAUGGUUAUUCAUGAAACUAUCACCUUGAAUCAGUUGUAUUUUUUAUGGAUAUAACAAUUUAUGGAGAUUGGAUUGAUGCAUACUGGUACACUACAUUCAGGAAGGAAUGUAAGGACAUUAAUGCUAUUUGUUCUGAAUUUUACCUUCUUUUUUAAAACAUUUGCAGGGGAAAAGUGGAAAAUGUACAGCAGCUGUAGUUUUAUUUUGAAUUAAUUACCCCCAUGGUCCCUUAUUACUGACACUAAACAGUCCCUGUAUAAUGAAUGGGUGGGGGACUGCUGUGAAUGUGUGCUGAUCAACUUUGUUCCAGGCACUCUCGCACUAAGGUGUCUUAUAGAACUCACUUGUUUAUCAAUGCAAACAGAAUUUCCUUUAUGACCAUAUGAACAGUGAAAUUGGAUAAAGUAGAUUGAAGACUAUUCUGUUUGGAAUAAUAAUGAAUUAAAAGGGAAUUACUUGACUCCA